CCUCGAAACAAAUAUUACCUUAAAGUUUAUCUACACGGUUGGAAAUUGGAACAGAACACAUAAUAUUUAUACCUCAUUCUUCUCCGAUUCUUCAGAAAACCAUUCGGAUUGAUUCGACUUCUCGCCAUGUAAAUACUUCAACUUUUUGGCAAUUCCCACCAUCGCCCACUCAUUCCUUCGAUUCGAUUUUAUCUUGUUCAAAGAUGGACUUGUAGAAGAGAGAAACACAGAAUUUCCAAGCAUCCUUUGGAUUAUAGAGGCAAACUAUCAUAAAAAUCCAGUUCAAUGGGUGCUCCUAAACAGAAAUGGACUGCAGAAGAAGAAGCAGCACUUAAAGCUGGAGUAGUCAAACAUGGAGCAGGAAAAUGGCGCACUAUACUUACAGAUCCAGAGUUUAGUGCCAUCUUGCGCAUGCGCUCCAAUGUAGACCUCAAGGAUAAAUGGAGGAAUAUAAAUGUCACAGCAAUAUGGGGAUCCCGGCAGAAGGCCAAGCUAGCCCUUAAAAAGAACCUACUACUACCAGCCCCUAAAAUCGACAACAAUCAUAUGGCCUUGAGUACAGCAGUUCGACAUGAUGAAAAUGUUCUCGAAACUAAGCCCCUAGCAAUAUGUGGUCUGUCAUUGCCAUCUCAUAAUUCAAAACAACAAUUAUCAAGGCUGGAUGAUCAUAUAUUAGAGGCUAUUAUCAGUUUGAAGGAGCCAAGGGGUUCUGACAGGAAUGCCAUUGCUUCAUACAUAGAGGAAAAUUAUCAAUCUCCUACAAACCUUGGAAAGUUACUGCGAACAAGACUGAAGCAUAUGGUGGAUAUUGGCAAAAUAAUCAAGGUACAACAGAGGUACAAGAUUAGUCCAAGUUCGACAGGCUCUGAGAAAAGAAGAUACUCUUCUUCCACUUUACUGCAGGAAGGGAGGCCCAGAGAUUCUCCAGAAGCAGAGAAGAGUCAUGAUGUCAACAUCCUUUCAAAAUCCCAAGUUGAUGCGGAUAUAUCGAAAGCAAAGAGCAUGACAGCUCAAGAGGCAGCUGUGGCAGCUGCAAAGGCAGUUGCAGAGGCAGAAGCCGCCAUUGCUGAAGCAGAGUUAGCAGCGAGGGAGGCAGAGGCUGCAGAAGCUGAGGCAGAGGCUGCUCAUGUGUUUGCAAAAGCAGCAAUGAAGGCACUAAAAUGCAAAACAUCUCUUAUCUGGUAGCUUCCCCACCGAGAAAAUAUAUUUUUGAUGCCUGUCAAUAUGAUGGACGUCAAAAUUUAUAGAAAAAUACAUUUUUUUUUUCUGUUCAGAAUGGUUUUAUAUCAUCCUCAUAUGCUGGUUCUCCACCCUUUUCAGAUAGUCACCUGUAUAGAAUCUUCAUACUUUCUUGGUUUUUUUUAAUGAGAUUGAUCAACAUAUGGUCAUAAAUCUUUUUGCAAGUGGUUUAAUUUUCCCAUAACCAAUCAUUCCAACUUUUUAUCAAGCUGAUCACUAAAUUCUGAAAAUGUCUACUCUGUAACUUCAUCCUUUAUCUUUCCAAUAUCUAGGAUACAAUUCUUCCCAGGUACUUUCUAUAGUGCCUUGAAUUGUAAAGAUUUUGGUGCCCCUUUUAAGUGCACCGCCACCAGCAACAAAAGCCCAAGUGGCAUAUAGAAUUCCAGGUCAUGCAUGUAUCUUACAUUCUUACUCUUAAGAUUUGUUGUUAUGUCUUCUUCUAACCAAUUCGCCAUGAGAAAAUUUGAUAAAACUAACUAGACAUGCAUCCCUUCAUUGACAAUGCUUUCUUCUUUUAUAAACACCAAAAUUUCACCACCUACCUUCGCUUGGGGAUCAAUCUUUUCUUGAGCGCAUCCUCUCGGUCAACUCCAGAACCUUAUGCAGCUACAACCAUAACAUGAAUCCAAAACUAAAAUGGAUUAAACCUGAUAUUGGGCAGUUGGAAGGUCCAAGCAAGAUCCGAGACAAAUGAUGUUGAAACCCUUUGCCAUAAAAAUGGUCUGAGCUGAUCGCCAGGUGUCUUGGCAUUGUUGGCAGCCCUAUAUCAUUGGUCAAGCCGGGAGUAGGCUACCAAAGAGAAUGAAUCUUCUUAAUUUUUUUUUAUUUGAGAGGGUAAAGUGUGAUCUCUCACUA